AUGACGCAGAACGAGAGGGAAAGAUCGUGGCUUUUUGAUUUUAGAUCUUCUGAGACGUUUGUUGUGGUGACAGUUAGCAUCGCUAUUUUUACGGAUGCCUUUAUAUAUGGAAUGAUUGUUCCCAUUAUCCCGGUAGCACUGGUUAAACGGGUAGGCGCCCGUCAGGAAGAUGCACAAUCUCUGGUAUCUAUCUUGUUAGCAGUAUACGGGGCAACUCUACUCAUCGGAUCUCCCCUUUUUGGAUAUGUCGCAGACCAGUCUCGACUCCGAAGACUUCCCUUCGUCAUUGGUCUUAUUGCACUAGCAGCCUCGACUGCCCUUUUUGCAUUCGCAACUAGCUUCCCUGUUUUCGUUCUUGCUCGCGGUCUGCAAGGCUUAUCCGGUGCAGCAGUUUGGGUCGUUGGCCUUGCUAUCGUAUCGGAUAGUGUUCCACCGGAGCGUGCGGGUGCUGCAAUGGGAUAUACGACCAUUGGAUUAACAUGGGGAUUUGUCCUCGGUCCGAUGAUGGGUGGGUAUAUCUAUGAGUAUAUGGGAUGGUAUGGGGCUUUUGUUGUUCCCACAGCCUUGAUUGUGUUGGAUGUAGUACUGCGAUUUUUGAUGAUCGAACUGCCGAGGAAAUCUCGUCAGGCUAAACAUGAAUCGCACUUGCAUCCGUCGCAUUCUGGGAAUGGGGUGAGCUCAUAUGACACCUUCAAUGGCGAAGGUAUUCAGAGCCCGGGUCAUGCGUCAUUAUGCCAGGAUCAUGACAGUGAAGGUGCGCCACUUCUGCUAUCCUCAAGAUGUGCAGACGGAGGACAGAAGAAAGCCACCAUUCUCAGUCUCUUGGUCUCCCCACGAAUGCCAGUUGCUAUGCUAGCCACUUUUAUAAUGGCAACAAUGUUUGUUGCUCUGGAAACUACACUUCCAUUGUAUACGAUGGAGACAUUCAACUGGGGUUCUAGUGGAGCCGGCUUGGUUUUCCUGGCAGUCUCUCUGCCCACGUUUGGCGGCGUUUAUAUUGGCAAAGCAAUUGACCGAAUGGGCGUUCGUUCUAUGGGGACCAUAGGAUUCGGAAUGGGAUGUCUUGCCUGGGUCCUUAUGCGAUUUAUCACCAGCAAUACACCUGGGACCAUCGCAUCGCUAGUUAUACUUUUGCUGCUUCUGGGAUCAUCAAUUGCAGCAAUUGAAAUCACUGCAAUGACAGAGGUGUCACAGGUAAUUGGGGACUACGAAAUUGAAAACCCAGGGGCCUUUGGCGAUAAGAGUCCAAUUGCACAAGGCUAUGCGCUGUUUAACAUGUCCUUUGCUGGAGGCCAGUUGAUCGGACCACUUGUGGCUGGUGCAAUCCGGGUGCAUUCUGGCUGGAGUACCAUGACUCUGGUACUUGGAGUCAUGUGUGCUGUGGCGGCAAUCCCGUUUGUGUUUUUCAGUGGCCCACCACAAAAGAGGAAACAGGCUGAGGUCAACAGCAGUGUUUGA